CUGGCGACGCGGCGGCCGCUGCUCUCCGGCCCGGCUCUGCGGGCGGCUGCGGGAGCGGGACCCCGGAGGCGGAGGCGCUGGGCCAGUGAACCAUGGAGCUAUAUUUUGGCGAAUACCAACACGUACAGCAGGAAUACGGGGUCCACCUGAGACUUGCCAGUGAUGACACUCCAAAGCCAAGGAAUUCCCAGCCCUCCAAGGCAGGCUCCUAUGGUGUCAGUAUCAGGGUUCAGGGAAUUGAUGGUCACCCUUACAUAGUCCUGAAUAACACUGAACGGUGUCUAGCAGGCACACCUUUCCCAGAAAAUGGGCCAUCGUUUCCAUCUUCAAUGAUAAAUAACCUGUCCCUACAUCCAAGCAAUGGAACCGUGUUGAAGGAGAACACUCCAGAGGAGCUGCAGCUUCCAGAAAACCCGUACCUGCAAACCAGCCCGAUCCGAGGCCAGAAGCAGUUCUCCCUCCACGAAGGCAGGAAUGGAGUUCUAGAGCGCAAAGACGGGCCCACGAAACUACCCCACGUGCUCAAUUUCCAGAGGCACCCUGAGCUUCUGCAGCCUUAUGACCCAGAAAAGAAUGAGCUGAACUCGAAGAAGCACCACCCUCCCGAGAGUCCUUGGCUGAGAAAUGCGACAGAGGAAGGGACCAACUGUAAGAAGUCCCGGAGCUGCUUUCCCAAACCCUGCGGUUCCCAGCCCAACAGCCCUUCCAGUUCGGAAGAUUUAGCCAAGACCAAUAUGACAGCAAUCCGUCUCUGCAGCUCCGUGGUCAUAGAAGACCCCCAAAAGCAGACCUCAGUGUGCGUGAACGUUCAGAGGUGCGCCAAGGAGGGGGUGGGAGAGGAGACCCUUUCCCCUCGACGGAAAUCCCCAACUGCCCCCAGCCCACAGGCCUAUGCUGAAACCAAGAAAAGUAGGCCAGACGUGCUACCCUUCCGGCGACAAGAUUCCGCAGGACCCAUCCUGGAUGGAGCUCGGUCACGCAGGUCCUCUUCGUCAUCCACGACUCCCACUUCAGCCACUUCCUUGUACAAAUUUUUACUUGACGAUCAGGAAUGUGCCAUCCACGCUGACAGUGUCAACCGUCAUGAAAACAGAAGGUAUAUUCCCUUCUUGCCAGGAACUGGGCGGGAUAUCGAUACCUGCUCAAUUCCUGGUGUGGACCAGUUAAUUGAAAAAUUUGACCAGAAGCCUGGCCUUCAGAGGAGAGGAAGGUCUGGGAAGAGAAACAGGAUCAAUCCAGACGACAGGAAAAGAUCCCGAAGUGUAGAUAGUGCCUUUCCAUUUGGUCUCCAGGGAAACACAGAAUACCUCACAGAGUUCAGCAGGAAUCUGGGCAAGUCUAGCGAGCACCUCCUUCGGCCGUCCCAGGUCUUCCCGCAGAGGUCAGUGGGCCAGGAGCACCGUGGGAAGCACAGUCCCAGCAGCACACCCGCAAAGCCUAAGGGCGCCGCCCAGGGCGCUCCAGGUGCCCACCCCAAGCCUCCCCUGCAGAACAAAGAUGGGAAAGUUCUGAACAAAGGAACUCAGGAAAGCAUGGGGGCAUGUGCCCCCUCCCUUCCAGCACAGAAUAAAAAAGAGGAAGAAAUCAAAAUAGCCACUGCCACGUUGAUGUUACAGAACCGGGCGGUGGCAGCUGCAUCUGAUUCGGGUGCCAAGAAAAUUUCAGUGAAGACAUUUCCUCCCGACUCUAGUACUCAGGCCACACCAGAUCUCUUAAAGGGCCAGCAGGAGCUCACACAACACACCAACGAGGAGACGGCCAAACAGAUCCUUUACAAUUACCUCAAAGAAGGAGGCACAGACAACGAGGAUGCCACUAAAAGGAAAGUGAACCUGGUCUUUGAGAAAAUCCAGACUCUGAAGUCCAGAGCAGCAGGGAGUGGCCAAGGGAACAAUCAAGCUCCGAAUUCUCCCUCGGAAGGUAAUGAUCUGUUGGAUCAGAAGAACAAACUGAUCCUAGAAGUGUCUGAACUACAGCAGCAACUGCAGCUGGAGAUCAAGAACCAUCAGAACAUCAAGGAGGAGCGAGAAAGAAUGAGAGAGGAUUUAGAAGAACUGCGAGUCCGGCACCAGAGCCAAGUGGAGGAGACGGCCACCCUGCAGCGACGGCUGGAGGAAAGCGAAGGGGAGCUGCGGAAGAACUUGGAAGAGCUGUUCCAAGUGAAGAUGGAGCGGGAACAGCACCAGACUGAGAUCAGAGACCUGCAGGACCAGCUGUCGGAAAUGCACGACGAACUGGACAGCACCAAGCGGUCCGAGGACAGGGAGAAGGCAGCCCUGAUCGAGGAGCUCCUGCAGGCCAAGCAGGACCUUCAAGAUCUGCUCAUUGCCAAAGAGGAACAGGAAGAUCUCUUGAGGAAGCGGGAGCGGGAGCUGACGGCCUUGAAGGGUGCCUUGAAGGAGGAGGUUUCCAGCCAUGACCAGGAGAUGGACAAGCUGAAGGAACAGUACGAUGCUGAGCUGCAGGCCCUCAGGGAGAGUGUGGAGGAGGCAACCAAGAAUGUUGAGGUCCUGGCCAGCAGGAGCAACUCGUCAGAGCAGAACCAAGCAGAGGCUGACCUGCGCGAGAAAGCGCUGAAGGAGGAGAAUGAGAAGCUGCGGGGAAGGGUUGCGGAGCUGGAGCGCAGGGUGGCCCAGUUGCAGAGGCAGGUGGAGGAUGUGCAGGGUGACGAGGCCCAAGCAAAGGAGACUCUCCGGAAGUGUGAGAGUGAAAUACAGCAGCUAGAGGAAGCCCUCGCGCAUGCCAGAAAGGAAGAGAAAGAAGCCACUUGUACCAGAAGAGCGCUGGAGAAGGAGCUGGAGCAGGCUCGGAGAGAGCUGAGCCAGAUCUCCCAGGAGCAGAAGGAACUCCUGGAGAAAUUUCGGGAUGAGGCGGAGCAGAAGGAGCAGCUGAGAAAACUGAAGAACGAAAUGGAGAGUGAGCGGUGGCACCUGGACAAGACCAUUGAGAAGCUGCAGAAGGAGAUGGCCGACAUUGCUGAGGCCUCCCGCGCAUCCUCCCUGGAGCUGCAGAAGCAGCUGGGUGAGUAUAAGGAGAAGAAUCGACGGGAGCUGGCGGAAAUGCAGACGCAACUGAAGGAGAAAAGCCUGGAGGUGGAAAAGGCCAGACUGGCAGCCUCGAGAAUGCAGGAUGAGUUGCGCCUCAAGGAGGAAGAGUUGCGGGACUACCAGCGAGCUGAGGAGGAAGCGCUCAGCAAAAGGCAGCUUCUGGAGCAGUCGCUGAAGGACCUGGAGUAUGAGCUGGAGGCCAAGAGUCACCUCAAGGACGACCGCAGCCGACUCAUCAAGCAGAUGGAGGACAAGGUCUCCCAAUUGGAGAUUGAAUUGGAAGAAGAACGAACCAACGCUGACUUGCUGUCUGAGAGGAUCACUUGGAGCAGGGAACAGAUGGAACAGAUGAGGAGUGAACUACUUCAAGAGAAAGCUGCCAAGCAAGACUUAGAGUGUGACAAGAUUUCCCUAGAGAGACAGAACAAAGACUUAAAGAGCCGGAUUAUCCACCUGGAGGGUUCCUACAGGUCCAGUAAGGAGGGCCUGGUGGUGCAGAUGGAGGCCAGGAUUGCAGAGCUGGAGGACCGGCUGGAGAAUGAAGAGAGGGAUCGGGCCAACCUGCAGCUCACCAACCGAAGGCUGGAGCGGAAGGUGAAGGAGUUGGUGAUGCAGGUGGAUGAUGAGCAUCUGUCACUGACCGACCAGAAGGACCAGCUGAGCUUGCGCCUGAAAGCCAUGAAGCGCCAGGUGGAGGAGGCUGAGGAGGAGAUCGACAGACUGGAAAGUUCUAAGAAGAAGCUGCAGAGGGAGCUGGAGGAGCAGAUAGGAGUGAAUGAGCAACUGCAGGGGCAGCUCAACUCCAUGAAGAAGGGCUUCAGGCUUAAGACACUGUCGGCUAAAGUACUGGACGACUCAGACGACGAUGACCUCAGCAGUGAUGCCGGAAGCCUCUACGAAGCCCCGCUGGGCUAUACCUUUCCCAAAGACAGCACUAUCACCAGCCAGAUCUGAGUCUGCUUCCAGGCCUGUUGAUCCCGACAGGGCUCUGCAGCCAUCUACACAAAGCAGGAGGCACUAAAUAGGGCUUGUGAAUGGAGUCAGACCCACGGCCACCACCUCACAUUCCUCCCGGGGCCUCUGCGUGGUUGAGUAACCUUGGAUCUUAGAUAGGGAGCUAUUGAAGUUUCAGGUGACCUAACUGGGACAUUUGAGGGUAAGACAAAGCCCUGUUGUGCACUGCUGUCUGCCAUCACUCCUUCUCCUGCCCCUGGAAAGGUUCCAGUGCCAGCUGUAAUGAUAUAGGGACAUGUAGGGAUGAAAUGAUGUAUAGACUGUACAGUUUUUAAACCAGACCUUCUCAAGGACUGCUGUUCUACUUUAGAAUGUUCCAGAGCCUUUGGAGUGUGACAUCUUUGUAAAGUUCACACAUUGAUCUUGAUUAUCUUUUAAAAUAUGAAGCUACCAGAUCUCAAAUAUUAAAAAGCUGGAGUCAAAGGAAGGAGGGUGAAGGCUACUCUGGAAUCCAGAGGGAUUCAGAAAGUGGAAAAAUUAGCACUGGAAAUCUGUAAUUGGUUUGUAUGGGAAAACGGCUCAUUGCUGGUUGGGGAAGGGCACUUACGUAGGGCUGAGUCUGAGGUCGUGGUUGCUUAUUUUAUCUGAACCAUGCGAAGAGCAGUUCCCACUCCCCAUUUCUUUCAAGCAAGUAGAACCAAGUAGAACGGGAGACAGAUGAGAUUUUUAACAAGUGCUGUGCUUCUCGAAGGCAAGAGCCCUGUUGUGUCUCCUUGGCCCUUUUCCUCCAUGACAGACCUCCAAGCGAAGCUCGUUCAGGCCUGGAAGGAGGGGCCUUGAGAUGAAGCUCAUGGGCUUAGAAUGUGAGGAUGAGGAGGGAGGAUUCCAGAAGUUCCUGGGGAAAGGGAUGAGUGCGAGGGUGUGGGGCUGAUGGAAGAAGGAAUGCAGAGAUGUUCUUGAAAGCUGGAGGAUGUGUAAGAAGGACAGAGUGGGGGUGGGGUUGAGUGGGAGCUUGGAAUAAUGGGAAAAAGGAUUGGGGGUGUUUGUCAUUUGAAGGGCUUUUUGAGGAACAGAUGCCAGGAAGGGGUGAGGUCAAAGGGCAAGCACAUGAUGCCAAGGUAGUUUUGGGAGGAUGCUGGGUAUGUAUGUAUAUAUAUAUAUAUAUAUCAUAUCUCUUGGCCUACCCGUGUCUCCUCAUAACUGUGACAGCCACCUAUGAAAGAGCCUUGUGAGUUGCCUGUGUGUGUAAGGCAGAGGCGACAGGACACUGAGGCAGAGUCCCCAGGCUUCCUGAUGUGGAACUCCUGGGGACCAGGUAACCAUAAGGUCCUGUCCACUGCAGAUCAGAGUUCACCCAACUAGAUUUAAAGAGAAGGGAUCUGAAGGAUGAGCAUUUGCUACCAGAGAACCAAGCUCUGUUACAAAGCACGAGAGCCACUGUCUCCCUCGACAUAGCUGGGCACGGCCUGGCCUGUCUCCUCACUGGGUGUGGAGAGACUUGUGCUCUCAUCCAUUCUGACAUUUAACCAAUAUGUACCCAUCAAAAUGUGUCAGGCACAGACUUUGGCACUGGAAACACAGUGAAUAGGAGUAAAGAUGUCUGCAGGCUGGAGAUGGAGCUCAGCUGGACAGUGCUUGCCUAGCAUGCAGGAAGCCCUGUGUUUAAUCCCCAACUCUAUAAACCAGGUGUGGUGCGACAUGCUGUGUGAUCCUGACACUGAGGAAGUGGUGGCAGGAGCAUCCAGAGUUCAAGGUCAGCCUUGGAGAUAUAUGCAGUUCCAGGCCAACCUGGGAUAUAGGAGACCCCGACUCAAAAAAACCAAACAGCCCUGCCCUCCUGUAACCAUCUAGGAGAGUGAGGUGCAGGCUGAACCUCUCUGUAGGCAGCCUCUGAGUAUCCUUUUGGGAACUUGAUAGCCUGCAGUUGGUUGGCUGGUUCCCCAGAACUCACAAGAAUUCUUUGGCUCCUAGAAUCGUCUCAUGUCAUCAUUCGAUACUUGCACUAAUCCUAGAAAUGCCUCAGCCGCUCAUCCCAGAGAUGCAGGUGACAAAAAUCAAGACCCGGAGGAAGGGGUGUUUGUUUUGGGGUUUGACAAAAAUCAGCCAGUCCUUUUUCCAGUUAGUUCUAUCUGGUAGCCAUGGAGCUAACUACAUGAAGGAAGACAGCUCCUGAAAGGGAGAGCAGAGGCUACCACUGGGAACACUAGUAGAGUCCCUCACCCCACACGCCCAGAGGAGGCUAGACCGGAUGAGGGCAUGUCUCCUGGGCUGUAAUGCAGGUGUGUGCAGCAUGGCCGGCAGCACAGACACUGGACUGAGGUUUAGAGAGAGGUUUGUAAGUCCCAGGUUCAUCUCUUCCCUGUGAUCCUGACAGGUGCAUCCUGGGACAGAGUGGGGAUCAGGGCUUCAGGUCCUUCGCAGCGCAAAUCCCUGAGCAUUCUGUGGUUUUCUUAUAUACAUGUUUUUUUUUU